AUGGAAAUACUAGAGAAAAAUGACAAAUUAAUAACUCGCUACUUCCAAGAAGCGCGCCAUGUGGAGGAUAUCCUCGGUAUAAAAGAGGACGGUGAAGAGCGAGAUAUUUGGUAUGAAUUUAAUCCCUUAAUGGUGUAUCUUCCUACUUCUCCAUUACUGGUAGUUCUCAGGAGACGAUACAGUAAAGAACGGAUGAAGACGGUCUCAGUAGCACUUGUGCUGUGCCUGCACAUAGGAGUAGACCCGCCGGACUCGAUACCGAAGCCAUCGGCACGUGCACGACUAGAAGCCUGGGUUGAUCCGUACUGCUGUAGUCCACAAAAGGCCGCGUACAAGAUUGCAACAUCAUUGCAGAAGAGUUACGAACGAUGGCAACCACGAGCAAGGUACGUGUCCUCGCAAUACACUACGUUUCAUGGACUUGUGUUACCCAGUUUGACAAUUGCAUAG